AUGUCGAUAAACGAUAUUGUGAAGACAUUUCCACAUUGGAAAGCCGAGAUUUCUAGCUGGAUACUCUCAGCAGAUGCCUCUAUUUCAGCUUCAGAUUCAGACAGUAAAAUAUGGGAGAACCUUGACAGGCAAGGGGGUGUUGGAGAAGCUUUAUCCGAGGAAGAACAAUCAGGCCUCCUAAUAACGCUUUUCGCACUUCAACUCCUUGUGGCCUCCCUUUUCAUGCAAAAGAAACCAAUGACUGAAGAGCUCCGGAAUCAGUGCAAUGAUCUGCACGAGUUUCUUUCUCAUUCAAUGUCCAAGUUUGGAGGUGAGCUUUCAGCUAGCGCCUCCUGGAGACAUGUUGGGUGGCUCAGAAGGUUCCAGACUUGGCUUGUUUGGGACCUCUCUAAAUCCUUCAAGGAAGACGCCUCAUUCGAGCGUGAGAUGCAGAAACACAUAAAGUACGAAUACGCCGGCUCAGAGAAAGGAGAAAAAGGGGUCAUAAGCAUGGUACACUUGAAUGGCGGGGUCGCGUACCGCUCAGAUAAAAAAACAGGGAGGUUCGUCGCUGUGAAGCAAAAGAGGAAGUAG